AUGACACUGCAGAAUCCGGAUCGUGGAGACUUUUUGGAAUCGGUGCCACUGCACUCUAUCGUAAUGGAAAAGACCAGCCCAGCUGAACAAGCGCACGGCAUGAAUAUACCGCAGUCUACGCUUUUCACAAGUGAUUUCAACGAUGAUGAUGGUGGUGGUGGUGGGGGUCGUUAUUUGCAUCCUCCAAGUUUGCCCCCCAUCAGGAACCAAGUGCUACUAAAUCGGAUCGCGACGGGUAGAUUGCGUCGACCCCAAUCGGAAUCCCCCGCGUUGCCUCCAUCUUUGACGAUGUCGGAAUUCAACAAUAGUCACAAUGCGAAAUUGGCCAUUAAAGGUCGCGCCAUGAUGGAGUUGAUUGUGGGCGACUUGAUCGAUGAAGCGUGCCCGCUUUUAAGCGAAGAUGAUCUCGUUGCCCUUCGGGCUCGGUUGAUGUCGCGGGAGUUAUUAGCUAGGUUUGCGUUUGCUUAUCUGUUGGUCGACGCUGCGAGGUACAAGUCAUCAUCUAGUGACGCUGAUUCUGCUGCUGGGGCUGACACAAAAACUAGCACUGGCACUGACAUUGACGUUGACGUGGAUGACGAGAUGGAGGUUCUCAGCCGUGUCUUUUUAGCAUACGUUGCUGGGUUGGACAUUGAAGGCUACGGGAAAAGAGACAUCCAACCCUGGUUGAAGAAAUUGUACGAGCCCGUGCUUAAGGAUUUGGAACUUGCAGAUGGCUCACUAACGAAAGUUGCCUUGCUUGAACUAGAUAGUUUAAUCAGAUUGGUGUCUUACACCAUGCAUGUUCCUCAACCGAAACUUGAUUGUGGUGUUAACCGCAUUCAAUCAGAUGAGUUCUUGGUUCGCUUUGAGCUCAACAAGCAGCUUUUAGGCGUCGGGUUCUCUACUAUCAGCGCUGAAGAUGCGAGGGCUCUGGCAGCAAGAAAUAUAGUUGAUAGUCCACUCAAGAGAAGACAAGUUGUUGAAAUUCUCAAAAAAAGCGAUUAUUUGAAAAAUGUGGAUGCUGGGGGUAAAAGAGUGCCCAACGCUAGUACUCCACCACCACCACCACCACCGAUGCUAGGCAGCAAUAGCUAUAGUAUGUUCAAGACUAGUCCAUAUAGACAACAAGCGCCACCACAUCGACCAACAUAUUCACAGGGAUCGCCCUCUGUGCACUAUGCACAGACAAGCCAGCCGGGACCACCAAGCGGAUUCCAUCAGCUGCAACCGAGGUACGAGUACAACUAUGGCCAGCCACAAUUUGGCGGAGUUUCAGCAUCUGUCCCGCCUGCAAUGCCGCUGGCAAUGCCUCUGGCAAUGCCACAUCCCUUCAAUGGGUAUAUGCCGCAACAAGCAAUCCGAUGGCAAAGCAUUGUUGCAGCAAUGGACAGCGAUAUCCCCAUCCUAAGUCUCUCCCACACAGAGGUCUAUAAGGGAGCGCGCGCUGAAUUGUAUGCCAUGCUAGGACCACUACAGUUGAGGCCCGAGUAUUGCGAUGAACAAAUCGGAAACGAAUUCCACUGCUUGUGCUCGUUGAACAACACUAAACUCGGCUACGGCAUCGACACAAGCAAGAAGAAGGCGGCGCAAAAGGCUGCCAUGGCUGCUCUAAUGAACAAAAAAGAGUUGAUGAAAUUCAAAACUGCUGCUAAAAAUUAA